CGCGCCGCAACUGUAAACCCAGCCCGCCGUUCCCUCACCAAACGCUCCAGCCUCCUUCCAGCACCGUCAAAAUGCUCCCCCGAGCGCUCCUCCUGCCCCUCCGGCGCACCAUCUUCGCGCUCCGCACUUCCACCCGCUCCAUCCACACAUGCACCUCCGCGUCGCGGCCCACACUUUCGCAAUGCCAAUCGCCCAUGCACAGCCUCCUCACACGAUUCUCUGGUCUCAGGAUAGGAGCGCAGACAGAGUCAAGAGUGGGUGGACUGGGCUCGCAGGUGCUCGCGCAGACACGGGGCAUGAAAGUGCGCAGCUCGGUCAAGAAGCUGUGUGAUGGGUGCAAGAGCGUGAGGAGGAAGAAGGGAAGAUAUGUGUAUAUUAUUUGCUCGAAGAACCCGAAGCAUAAGCAGAGGUGAGUAACUCCAGAUUGGAGGAACGGGUUGAGGGAGACAGGGUGGUGGGCUAACGGGUGUGUAGGCAAGGAUAGACGAUCGACGAACGACAAC